AAGGAGCAAAGGAGUGAAGAAACGGGCGAGGGAGGAGGAGAGAAAAGAAGGAGGGAGGGAGAGAAGGAGGUGUGCAUCGCCAGGAGAGGCAAAGCCGGGGAUUGCUCACUUCGUCUCCAAGACACGGACUUGGAAGCGGAGGAACUUACCCAGGAAAGGAUUUCCUCCUUUGCCGCAACCCUUUUCCUCUCCUCCGAUGGCGACGCCACGGAAAGGCAUUCGCAGGACACGGCAGCUGCGCCAGUGGACGGUGGAGCAAGUGGAGAGUGGGAAAUUCCCCGGUCUGGUUUGGGACGAUCCGCCGGCCAAGACCAUGUUCCGCAUCCCGUGGAAACACGCCGGGAAACAUGAGUUCCGACAUGAUGAAGACGCCGGGUUUUUCAAGGCUUGGGCCGUCUUCAAAGGCAAGUGCAACUCCAACGACCCUGCAACUUGGAAGACCCGUGUCCGCUGCGCUUUGAGCAAGAGUUCGGAGUUCGAGGAGAUGCCGGAGCGUUCGAGGUUGGACAUCGCCGAGCCUUACAAGGUCUACCGCCUGGUGCCGGUGUCUGAGCAGCUGGCAGGGUGUAAAAAAGAGACAUCAAAGAAGACAAAGGCUGGACGAUCCAAAAAAAACAGCAAUCCCGUAGAGAGCAUUAUUCAGCCUGCUGGCUCCCUUUCAUUAAUCAAAAUGGAGGAGAGCUCGGGCCCGGAAGCCAUGGCAAGCCACACGCCAAAUGCCAUGGGCUCCUCUGCUUACCUGAAAGUGGAAAACAGCCCUGAACUGGGUGAACCAGCAGAGACAGAGACAGAGAAGAACACUUUCUGCUUGAACCUGGUUCCUGACUUGCCAGUGGGCAUUAAUGCCACGGAAACAGGAGAAGAUUCUGUCUUUCUGUCCAUCUUCUAUGGCGGGGUUCAAGCGCAAUGGAUGUGGAUCCCGGCAAACGAAUUUCUCAUCACCUCCGUCGCCGCUCCACCGGGAGCGCCAGCAAACAUCAUAAGCCGGGUGGUUCUGCCGCCCCCCAACAAGACGGAAGACCCUCAAAAGCAGGAAGCCGUUCGGCGCUUGUUGAGGAACCUGGAGAAGGGAGCGAUGGUGGCCUGCAACUCCAAAGGGAUCUUCAUCCAGUGUCGAGACCAAGCCAACAUCUUCUGGCGUGGCCCAAACGGGCAUGGCAAGCUGGAGAACGGAGCUUUCGUCGAGCUCUUCAGCACCAAAUCCUUCCAAGCAGCACUGGACGAGUUCCAACAGGGCUUGGGUCCGAUGCCCCAGUAUCAGGUGACCCUCUGCGUUGGACAGGAAUUGGACGAGAGGGAGAACAUUGACAGCAAACUUAUCGUCAUCCAGAUGGAACAAAUUAAUGCUGUUCGGUUGCUGCCUCCUCCUCCUUCUCCUCCUCCUCCUGCUACUCCUGCAGUGGAAGAGUCAUCCUGCCUUGACCUUGUCUCCAAAGCCAUCUUGUCUGCAAAUAUCUGAAACGUAGAAGUUUCCAAUCCCUGGUUCCUCUCGAGGAGCUCAUGUGACAGUGGCCCUAAUCCUAUUCCAAUUAGGGCGGGACUUCUUGUGGUAUACCUUUGCCCAGGUGGACCAGCACUACCUGCAAACUAUUUCCCUGCAUAAUGGAAAUGUAUGAAACACUAUAGAGAGUGGACAAGCAGCUGGAUUGGAGGACUCGCUUGUGGAUUCGGCUUAUUUCGUGCAAUCCUGAGAUAACAGUGGCAAUUUGGGGUGCAGCUACACUGUAGAUUUAAUGCGGUUUUGAAACCACUUGAACCACCAUGGCUCUGGGAGUUGUAGUUUGGGGAAGUACCAGCACACUUUUGUUAGAGAAGGCCAAAGACUAUGCAAAACUACAGCUCCCUUGAUCCUGUAGCAUAUUAAGCCAUGGUCCCAAUCUGUAUUAAUUCCAUAAUGUAGAUGCACCUUUGCUUGAGAAUCUCCUUUUUGUUUUGCUUUGGUCAUUUCCUUCUAUUAAAGGUAAAGGUUUCCCCUGACGUUAAGUCCAGUCAUGUCUGACUCUGGGGUGUGGUGCUCAUCUCCAUUUCUAAGCUGAAGAUCCAGCGUUGUCCGUUACCUUCCCGCCAAAACGGUACCUAUUGAUCUACUCACAUUGGCAUGUUUUCGAACUGCUAGGUUGGCAGGAGCUGGAGCUAACACUGGCCGCUCAUACCACUCCCGGGGCUUGAACCUGGGACCUUUCGGUCUGCAGCUCAGUGCUUUAAUGCACUUCACCACUGGGCUCCUUCUAUUACUAUAUUACAAAAAACGUAUUUUUGUAAUAAAUUGUAUAUACAAAAAUAUUACCUACACAUUACAAGCUUUUCCAGCUCUGCUGUUUGGCUUACUUGGCCACUCUCAAACCUUCUUGCACUUUGGGUUGUUGUGAAUUUUUCAGGCUGUAUUGCCAUGUUCUAGAAACAUUCUCUCCUGAUGUUUCGCCCACAUUUGUGGCAGACAUCCUCAGAAGUUGAGGUCUGUUGUAAACUAUGCAAGUGGGGUUUAUAUAUCUGUGGAAUAAUGUGCAGUAUGGGAGAAAGAACUCUUGUCUGUUGAAGGCAAGUGUGAAUGUUGCAAUGGGCCAGCUUGAUUAGCAUUGACUGGCCUUGCAUCUUCAAAGCCUGGCUGCUUCCUGCCUGGGGGAAUCUUUUGUUGGGAGGUGUUAGCUGGCCCAGGUUGUUUCCUGUCUGGAAUCCCCGUUUUCUGAGUGUUGUGUUUUAUUUACUGUCCAGAUUUUAGAGGGUUUUUUUUUAAAUAAUGGUAGUCAGAUUUUGUUUGUUUUCAUGGUUUCCUCCUUUGCACUUUAUUCAUAGGAUAACAAAAAAAAAAAAAAUAGAACAAAACUUCCUAUCUCUUUGUUUGUCUUCUCAUGUGAAUCUAAUACUCCUUAAAUAAUAAACAAAUCAUCAAAACAAA